GCUUACUCCACUCGCAAACAAACGAGCUCUGUUUGAUGCGUAGCCCUGUUUUCAUGGAGACCCAAAAUUUCCCGCCACUGAAUCUCAAGCCAAAAAUCCCCCAAUUUGGAGAAGAAAACCCAUGUCCUUCGUCCCUCAUUUCAUCGUCUUCCUCAUCGUACAAGGAAUAACAGAAGAUAUUCAUUCCCAGCCACCAUGUCGCGAAGGUUGUUGAUUUUCCUAUCGGCCGUCGUCAUUGGAUUCAGCCUCGUCGGCGCCACCGCCACCGCCACCGCCAAUAUUCCCCUCCUCCGCCUCCAUCUCAGCUUCGGCAACCAACUAGCGGUUAUUUCCGGCGAUCCUCUGAUCCAAACCGCGUGCCGCGGCGUUGGAGGAUUCGAGAAGGAGUGCAUCUCCACGCUGCAAUCCGCGCCGCCGCACCAGAAGGCUGACGCCAACGGCCUCGCUUUCUUCACCCUCAAGUUCGUUGAGGACCAAGCGGUUAACUUAACAGCCGACAUGAAGAAAGUGACGCUUUCGGACGUGUCCCCUCUUCUCCAGUCGGCACUUAGCGAUUGCCUCGACCAAUACAACCCGCUCGAUGACUUGAUCGAGGAUGCCAUCAAUGCUGUCCUGGGGAAUGCUUACGUGGACGCCAAGAAAUUCAUCGAGGCUGCCAUGUCAGACAUCGACGUAUGUGACUCGCAGCUAAAGGCAAGCAAUGUGGAGGAGAAGGCGGAGAACAAAAACGGGGACGAAGUCCAGCUGUCCAAGAAUCUAAAAGAAUACAAUUCUUUCCUCAAGAACAUAUUGUCCGCCACCUCAAACAUUAUCAAAACUAAAGCGAAUUAAGGAGGCGCAGAGAAAGUGGUCAUCGGCGCAUAUUUCGCGUUUUCGUGAUGUUUGUUUUACGAUUUUUUUUCUUUUCUUUUAAGAGAUAUAAAUAAAUUGUGUUUUAGAAGAGUGGGUUGGAUUGUGUCCGCGAAGGACUUGGACGUAUCUUUGUGAAUAUUUCCUGAGUUUUGAUAUAUGGAUAAUGGAGUAUAAUGAAGAUAGGCUGAGAUGCAAUAUGCAAAUAGCCUGAACAAGCCUCAUAACAUAAAUUGUAUAUGUAUGGGCAUUUGAGGUUUAUGAGUUAUAAACUUAUGACUGAUAAUCUGUAGAAAAUUGCUGCGAAAGAGUAAGCUAAGG